GGCGGGAGGCAGCGGCGGGGCGGGCCAGGAAGCUGUGGGAAGUGGGGCGGGGCGUCUUUGGGGCUUCUGGCAGAUGGCGGGUUCCUCUGCGAGAGCCGAGAACCGCCUACUCCAGGAGGAAAGCCCGAGGGUUGUGGGUCCUGCUAUAGCCAGGGCCAAGCUCCAGGAAAUCGUGGCCGUUCAGGGGUAGUUUGCAGCCUCAUUUGUAACAUAAUUGUGUUGUCCUGUGCAUUUCCAAUGCAUUACAUAAAGACAUGGUCGCUUUUAGGAGAAAUGUCUGAAAAGCUAAGAAGAUGCAGAAAGGAACUGACUGCAGCCAUUGACCGGGCCUUUGAAGGAGUUAGUUAUUCCCAGGAGUGCACAGGCCAGCAGAGGCUGGAACUGAGCGCCGCGCCGCUCUCCUCCUCGCUGCCCGUGCACAGGCUCCUCUGCAGAAGACAUCGUCUGGCAGCCUGCUCUUCUGCUGCUCCUUUUGCUGCUGUCCCAUGUGCUCCUGAGAAUGAGAACCCUGCCUUUGCCACAAACCAUGUCCCGGUAAAUGCAAAACCACAUGCUCUGUGCCCCGAGAGAAAACCUCUGACCAGCAAGGAAAAUGUAUUGAUGCAUUCCUCCAUUUUGGCACCUGAAAGAGAGUCUUGGAGAACUGCAGGAGAGGGGGAAAACUGGAGAAAAGAAAAUUUAAGGAAAGAUAUGGAGAGAGAUUUGAAGGCUGACUCAAACAUGCCACUCAACAAUUCUAGCCAAGAGGUCACAAAGGAUCUGCUUGAUAUGAUUGACCAUACAAGCAUCCGAACUAUUGAAGAAUUGGCUGGAAAAAUAGAAUUUGAAAACGAAUUGAACCACGUGUGUGGUCAUUGCCAAGAUUCACCCUUCAAAGAGGAAGCCUGGGCCCUGCUUAUGGACAAGAGCCCUCAGAAGGCCACCGAUGCUGACCCUGGCAGCCUCAAACAGGCUUUUGAUGAUCAUAAUAUUGUUGAGACUGUUCUGGACUUGGAAGAGGACUACAAUGUGAUGACCUCUUUUAAAUACCAAAUUGAGUAAGGACAGUUAUCUAAGCUUUGAUUCCUUACAGCAGGAGGCUGCCCUUGAGCCUGAGCAGAAGCAGCUACAAUGGCCAUCAGGGGCCACAUUUCUCAAAAGGUUGGCAGAACCUGAAUUACCAGACCCUUUUUAAAUCCCAGUUGUGUCCCUUUUUAAGCUGUGAGACCAGUUUUUUGAAUUCCAUUGCUUUGAAAUGUUUCCUAUUACUGAUUUUUUUUUUUUUUUUUUACUUUCCUUGACAUCUUGAAUGUGUUUUUUUGAUUGAUGUUCAAUAUACCCAGUACCCAUGGUAGGUGUGGGUCGUGGGCCUCUGCUGUGUCUCUUAGUGUUCUUUUCCAUGGGCCCCUAAAAAAGUACAGGAGUGGCCAGGCACAGUGGCUCACGUCUGUAAUCCCAGCACUUUGGGAGGCCAAGGCGAGUGGAUCACUUGAGGUCAGGAGUUUGAGACCAGCCUGGCCAACAUGGUGAAACCCCAUCUCCACUAAAAAUACAAAAAUUAGCCAGGAGUGGUGGUGUGCACCUGUAGUCCCAGCUACUUGGGAGGCUGAGGUAGGAGAAUUGCUUGAACCUGGAGACGGAGGUUGCAAUGAGCCGAGAUGGCACCGCUCCCCUCCAUCCUGAGUGACAGAGCAAGACUCUAUCUCAAAAAAAUAAUAAUUUAGCUGGUCAUGGUGGUUCGUGCCUGUAGUUCCAGCUACUUGGGUGGGGACUGAGGCGAAAGGAUCACUUGAGGCCAGGAGGCAGAGGUUGCAGUGAGCUGAGAUCACGCCACUGCACUCCAGCAUGGGUGACGGAGUGAGACCCUGUCUCAAAAAAAAAAAAAGAAAAAAAAAGGGAAGAAAGGAAACUGAAUCUCAGGGAAGUGCCCACCUCCUGAGCUAAUAAGAGGAAGGAAUAUGGGGGUGAGGCAGAGCUGGCAAAAGGCUGUUUUUUGUUUUGAUUGUUUUUAAAGACCAAGUGAAGUAUAGUAUAAGAAGUGGGGAGAGUGGAACAAGGAGUUAGAUCUGUAACUGUGAGUAGUCAGUUGAGAUAACUCAAUACCUUUGGACUUGAUUGUUUUUAAAGACUGAGUGUAGUACAAGAAGAGGAGAAGGAGUAGAACAAGGAGUUAGAUCUGAAACUGUGAGUAGUCGAUUGAGAUAACUCACUACCUUUGGACCAGCCAGGGCUGUUUAUAAGUGCUAAAGCCCGAACAAACCAAAGAGUUGGGGAGAAAGGCCUAACUAACAGCUGAGUGAUUGCCCAACAGACUGUCUUUUAGGCCAGUGACUCUGGCAUAGGGCAGGCUGCAUAGCCAGCAACAUCCCUUACCACAGGUCUAGUGAUUCCUCUGGGCUCAAAGGUGGAGGCUACACACCCACUCCUUAGCAGAGGUUGGCCUGGCACCUGCUGGUGCCCCAAAAACUAUGGCAUGGUUAGACCCUGGCCACUUGAUUGCAUAUGCCUCCCCAGUGGGCGUGCCCUGGUUCCCAACCAGUUGUGGCCACUGCCACUGCCCUGCCUGGGGCAGGAGUUGAGGUUAAGGCUAACUACAGGCUCCUUCCAGGCCGCCUACCACUCAGACCCUGCAGGAGGUAGCACAAAGCAUUCACAGCCUGUAGAGUCAGAGGCCAAUUUCUUCUCCCUGAGCAAGAAGAAUGGAAGCAAAUGAAAAGUGCUCACAGUAUGCUCAACUGCCCCUGCUCAGGUGAAGAAUAGCCUGUCUGGAUGGAGAGAUGUCAGGCUACUUGAUACUCAGAAAAACAGGUCUCAAAACAGUGCCUUCUAAAUAAUACAUGUGGAUGUGGACACUCUUCUAUAGACGAGGUGGAGCUUAAUUCCUGUCCUUACCCCAUAUUCCCACCUCAUUACCACCCUUUGAAGGUGAGCUAGACUUAAUGAUUCUUCCCACGACUAAAGUAGGAAAAGGGAAAAGUCACAAACUUAUAGUGGGGAAGCCUGGCAGACACCUAACCAAGUGAUGUCAUGUAUAUGUCAUGAGAGGGGUGCAUCACUUCCCUGGUAUUCCUACCAAAAACCCAAAUUCCCAGUGUAUGAUCUUGAGACAAAUGUUAGACAAAUCCAGACGUUGGGUACAUUCUACAAGAUACCUGGCCAGAACUCAAGACUGUUGAGAUGGCCGGGUGCAGUGGCUCAUGCCUGUAAUCCCCAACACUUUGGGAGGCUGAGGCGGGCAGAUCACUUGAGGUCAGAAGUUCGAGACCAGCCUGGCAAACAUGGUGAAACCCCAUCUCUGCUAAAAAUACAAAAAUUAGCCAGGCAUCAUGGCAUGUGCCUUUAGUCAUAGCUACACAGGAGGCUGAGGCAGGAGAAUUGCUUGUACCCAGGAGGUGGAGGUUGCAGUGAGCCAAGAUCGCAUCACUGCACUCCAGCCUGGGCAACAAGCGAGACUCCACCUCAAAAAGAAAAAAAAAGACUGUUGAGGUCAUGAAAAAUAAGGAAAGACUCAAAAACUAUCAACAGACCACUAAAGACCAAGAAGACACAAUGGCUAAAUGCAACAUGGAAUCCUGGAGUGCAUCCUGGAAGAGAAAGAGAACAUUAUUGGAAAAACUGAUAAAACUUGAAUAAAAACUAGUGUUUAAUGU